CUAUUUAUUGAGGGUUUAAAAUGUUCUUGGUACUGGGCCAGGCACAGUGACUCAUGCCUGUAAUCCCAGCACUUUGGGAGGCUGAGGCUGGUGAAUUACCUGAGGCCAGGAGUUUAAGACCAGCCUGGCCAACAUAGUGAAACUGUCUCUACUAAAAAAAUACAAAAGUUAGCCUGGUUUGGUGGUGCACGCCUAUAAUCCCAGCUACUCGGGAGGCUGAGGCAUGAGAACCGCUUGAACAAACAAGGCAGACGUUGCAGUGAGUCGAGAUUGUGCCACUCCACUGCACCCUGGGCAACAGAGUGAGACUCUGUCUCGAAAAAAUAAAAAAAUGGCUUCCGCGGGAGGCCUACACACCGCCAGUUGUGCUCCUGCUAUGUCUCUAGUGAUCCCUGAAAAGUUCCAGCAUAUUUUGCGAAUACUCAACAGCAACAUCAAUGGGCAGCAGAAAAUAGGCUUUGCCAUCACUGCCAUUAAGGAUGUGGGUUGACAGUACACCGUAGUGUUAAGGAAAGCUGACGUUGACCUCACCAAGUGGGCAGGAGAACUCACUGAGGAUGAGAUGGAACGUGUGAUGACCAUUAUGCAGAAUCCAUGCCAGUACAAGAUCCCAGACUGGUUCUUGAACAGACGGAAGGAUGUAAAGGAUGGAAAAUAUAGCCAGGUCCUAGCCAGUGGUCUGGACAAGAAGCUCCAUGCAGAUGUGGAGCGACUGAAGAAGAUUCGGGCCCAUAGAGGACUGCACCACUUCUGGGGCCUUCGUGUCCGAGGCCAGCACACCAAGACCACUGGCCACCAUGGCUGUACCAUGGGCGGGUCCAAGAAGAAAUAAGUCUGCAGGCCUUGUCUGUUAAUAAGUAGUUUAUAUACCUAAAAAAUAUAAAUAAAGUAAUAAAUAAGUAAAAUGUUAUUGGUACUGUAUUGAUGCUGGGGCUGGAUUCAGGGAAUUUGUGAUUCCCUAGAUGCAUGAGAAGAUAAGUGAUAAUGUGAGAUAGCUUGAGGUUUUGCAGUGAGUGCUGCAAGUGAGCAUGGUCUAAGAGAAAUCUUUGUAGGUUAGAGUGACCAGGCAAAGUGAGUGUUUCU